AUGGUAGAUAUCAAAAAAAUAAGCAAUGAAGAAUUAUUAAAAGAAUUAGAAAGAAGAAUAAAAAAAGAUAAAAGUAUCCAUUCUUAUUUAACCUGCUAUGCUUACCACGUGGAUGACGAUCAUCCUGAGGCGGAGGUGACUUUGACUGAUAAAGAAACAGGUUUCCAAAGAUUUCGAGGACAAAUUGCCCGAGUUUCUUUCAAGGAAAUAAUUUAUGAGGAGGCAAUUCCAAUUGAUGGGGAAUUCUUGGUUGUUAACCGAAAAACUGAGCAAUGGAUUUUUAAGGACUUAAUUGACAGUUUAAAAAAGAGAAAAGACAAGGAUGAUGUUUUUUCGAAGAACUUGUUUGAAUUAAAGAAAUUGGCUGAGGAAAAGGCCAAAAAGGAGGAUAAUAGUGGAGUAUUGGAGAAAGUUAAAGAUGAGGAAGGAACCGAAUGA